AUGUUAAGGAUUAUUUUUAUGCAGGACCGAGCCACAGCUCAUAUGGCUCUGGAGACCCAGAGGUUGCCACCAGAGAACGUUCCACAUUUAUGGAGGAAGGAUAUGGGGCCAGCAAAUGAUCCCAAAUUGAAUCCAAUUGAAAAUCUAUGGUUUAUUCUUGAGAAUAUACUUGAAGAGAAACUGUCCGUUCCUGCUACCGUUGCUGGAUUGGAGAGAUCCCUGCUGGACACCUGGAGAAAGAUCGCGUUGGAGACCCCCAGAAUCUCAUUCAUUCGAUACCAAUUAGAGUACAAGCUGUCUUAA